AACAGUGACAGAAGGUUGUAAAUAGUUUGGGGCAGUUCUCAAACGUUCAGCACCCGGCCAGACGCCUUAAAGCAUGGCACUGUGCGGUUCGAUGAAUAAAAUUCAAAAUUAACGUACUGGCAAAAAUGAAACGGUUUCGAAAUUUGUAGAAAAGUGAACUAAUUAUCAACUAGGCGAGGAAGUAACCAUCCGUGGACGCAAACAUAAACUGAUCUGCGUUCCCCGGUGAUACCUACACCCCCGCGUGACUUGUCGGUUCCCAGUAUCUUCCGGAUAGCCCAGUCCCAGUCACCGAUCCUGAACCGCAUCCAGAGCCCCAGUCCAACCAUGUCCAUUGCCGAUAAACGCGCCUCCUUCGCGCGCCGCGCCGAAUCCCUGGUGGAGCGGAAAUACAAUAUCAGCACAGAGAAAUGCGGGGAUCUGACGGUCAUAGUGCAGGGCGACCUGUCACAGCAGGAGAAACGCGCCGUGUUCAUAACGGUUCACGACCUGGGCUGCAACCACAACUCAUUCCAGGAGUUCGUGAGCAGUCCCUGCAUGACGGAGAUCAAGGAGCGCUCCUGCUUCAUCCACGUGGACGUGCCGGGGCACGCGGACAACGCGGAGGCCCUGGCUGACGGCUUUCCGUUUCCCUCGCUCCAGUCCCUGGGCGAGGACCUGGUCACCGUGCUGGACUACCUGCACGUAAAGUACGUGAUCGGCCUAGGCGAGGGUGCCGGAGCCAAUGUCCUGGCCCGCUUCGGACUGGCCCAUCCCAGCCGGGUGCUGGGCCUCAUCCUGAUCAACGCGACUGGCAGCGCCGCCAGUGUAGUGCAGUCCUUCAAGAACAAGUUCAUUAGCUGGAAGAGCGACGAGGUGGCCCAGUCGGCUGAGAGCUUUCUGAUGUACCACAAAUUCGGACAUGUUAUGGAGCAAAUCGUGGGCGAGAAUCCGGACAAGGAGAAGAUCGUGGCCGAGUACCAGAAGCGUCUUCACCGAUCCCUAAACAGCAAGAACAUCGGUCUCUAUGUCAAAGCAUUUAUGAAUCGCAAGGACCUUACGCUCAAGGGCUGCAAGGUAGAUGUCAUCCUGAUCACGGGCAUGCUCAGCCCCUAUGCGUCCAUGGUCGAGAAGCUCCAUCGCGACGUGGAGAAGGAGAGGGUCACCAUUCUGAAGAUCGAGCGGGCUGGCGAUGUCCUCGCCGAUGCUCCCGGAAAGGUGGCCCAAUCCAUUCUGCUGUUCUGCAAGGGACAGGGGCUGCUCACGUCGGUGGUGAUGCCAGGCGUGGAUCGCGGACGCGCCUUCUCCACGGCUAGCUCCGGAUCGCUGGAGGGGGCCAACGGAUCGCGGCGCCUGUCGCGCGGCAUCUCGAUGGAGGAUUAUGACAAGCCCAACAUCCGCCGGCUCAGCAUCAUGAACAGUGAGUUGCCCAAGAAGGAGUAAAUUAGACGAGACCACGCCACGCCCACGUUGGUAGAUUAAGCUUGAUUGCGUAUUUAAACUACUUAAACUGGUAAAAUACCUUUAGUCUGAGCAAAACGUAUAUGUGUGAACCCAGAGCCAAACAAUCAUCCCAAGUGUAACCGCUUUUCCGCGGAUUUUAGGCCAAAUUCUAAUUAGUAAUCGCUUAAAGUUUUUAAAGAGUAGCAAACCCAACAACAACACAUUGACCAUCCGAAUCCGAAUGGACGGAAAUAAGCCGAAAACUGUAUUUACACUGUGUACUUAGGAUUAGUCUUAUGUAUGUAACCCCAAGAAGCCCACCUAAGAAUCUGAAACAAUGUUCAAACAUCCAUAUCUAAAUCUUCAACUCGACCGAACUUAUCACAACUGCUAAACACGAACUAUAAAACGCAAUCUAUUUAAUACCUCCGAAUAGUAAACUGUACCUAAACACGUAGAAACUAGAAUGGAAAAAUCCCAAAUGUUACUCCUCUACUCUGUCACCCUUCAACUUUCUAAACUUUCUAUAGUGAACAGUCUCAAAUGUUGCUAUUUUAGUAAAUAAAAGAAAAACAGAAAAAAUCAUAUACAAAGUUCGAACAGUCUAAGUUGAGACCAGCUUUGCGAAAGAUGCACACGGAUUAUAUAUACUCGUAUGUAUGUGUAAACAAUCAAAACCAAAAGCAAUUCGAAAACCAAAGAAUAUUAAUUGUCAUGUAGGUGUCAUGCGUUUUUCAAAGCGAGUAUUAAAAAUUGUUUUAUCGCAUUGGCUUUAGCUUAACAUUUAGUGAAGACAUUUAAGUCGACCAAGCACUCAGAUAAGUAGAUGCAACUACACCGUUACACAAUAAAGUUAAAUGAAAACGCC